AUGUGCGAAGGCGAGUGGAGUGCGAUAGGAAAACGUUGUGCCCUUGCGGGUGUACAGAGGGCGAGAGAAAAAGAGAAGACGUUGAAAACUUGGUUUGAAACCUGGCUGGCAGCGGCUAACGUUGGAAACGACGAUGUUCUUGCUGAAGCGGCUGCAGUGUUGCCUUCUCAACCCUCCCUUUCGACACGGAGAUUCGAGAUCCCCAACAUUCGCAUCCUUCCACACCUUCCUAUGCUGACCACUCUGUCGAUGGCAGCUGCUUCUAUCAAGCCAGACAUGUAUCCUGCUCUUAUUGCGGAAUUUGAGGCUAGAUGGGCUGAGGGCGUCGCUCAAUUGGCCAUCACUCGUGCGAGACUCUGA